AUGGCUUCUUUGCUGCCUCUCCUUGGCUUGCUCGUAUCACUCAGCUCACCCGCGGUCGCGCAGGGCAGCGGUAAUGGCACUGGCACCGCACCGCUUUCCUACGCCGUACCCUCUGGUUACACGACUGUAAGCUUCAAUGCCUCCGUCCAGCCCACACCCUACACCCGCACGGAUUUCUCGCCCAACGCCCUCGCCUCGCUCUGGGAUCUCGUCGGUCCCGUCGCCACGGGAAUAGUGACAACGACCGUGUCCCCGACUCCAGAGCCAACAGCAUACCCGCAGCCAGACCCGCAGUACUACCAUGCGCUCGUAGGGAGUGCGUACCCGGAAGCCAGAGACUUGAAGUUGCCGCCGAAUUUCCGGUGGGGAUUCAGUUCCUCGGCGUACCAGAUCGAGGGCGCGGCCAAGGAGGAGGGCAAGGGCCCGAGUAUUUGGGAUUUGCUGGCUCAUCGGGUGCCGAAUUUUGUGGCGGAUAAUACGACGGCCGAUGUCGUUGCUCAGCAUUAUUUCCUGUACAAGCAGGAUUUUGCGAGGCUGAAGAGUUUGGGCGUGCAAUCUUUCAGUCCCAGUUUCUCUUGGCCGCGAUUCUUCCCCUUUGGCCAUGGCCCGGUGAAUGAGGAGGCAGUGGCUCACUACGACGAUGUCAUCUCUGAGUUGCAUGCCAAUGGCCUCCGUCCGGCAGUGACCCUGUUCCACUGGGACACCCCUCUGGCCCUCUUUUCCGAGUAUGGAGCCUGGACGGACCGCCGCGUCGUCGACGACUUCUUCAACUACGCAAAGUUUGUCAUCACGCGCUACGAUGCGUACGUGGAUGAAUGGUUCACCAUCAACGAGCCCCAGUAUUGCAACUGGCAAUACGCCGGCUAUCCCGCUGGCAAAUACUACCCAGCCCCCAACGGCGUGACGGGCGGUGUCAAGGCACGCUUCCUGUGCGGCCACCACACGCUCCUAGCCCAUGCAAAGGUUGCGAAAUGGUACCACGAGGAGUUCCGUGGUCGCGGCCGCAUCACCUUUAAGAACUCGGGCAACUACUACGAAGCCAACAGCACCAAGCCCGAAGACGAAGUCGCUCGCCAGCGCAACUUUGACUUUAGUAUCGGUUGGUUCGGCGGGCCCUGGACCGACGGCGACUAUCCCCAAUCUCUCAAGGAGACCCUAGGCGACCUCUUGCCCGAGUUGGCAGAGGAGGAAAAGGAGAUGAUCAAGGGAUCCUGCGACUUCUACGCCAUCGACCCGUACUCGUCCUUUCUUGCCUUUGAGAUAGACGGCGGGCUCGAGGCUUGCACGAGUAACCGAUCUCAUCCCGCGUUUCCGGACUGCGCUGGCUCUCGCAGUGUGGCCCCAAACGGGUUUCCCAUUGGCCCUGCGGCCGAUCCAACCAUGAGUUGGUUCUACAGUGCGCCGGCGGGGGUGCGCCGCUUCCUCAAGCACAUUACCGAAGAGCUGUUUCCGUCGAUCCCGGACAUUGUAGUGUCCGAGUUUGGGUUCGCAGAGCCGUUUGAGUCGCAGUGGGGGGAUUUGAAUUCUGCGCUCUGGGACCUGAAGCGUGCGGAUUACUUUCAACAGUACCUGGAUAACAUCCUCUUGGCCAUUCACAUUGACAAGGUAAACGUGUCGGGAGCCUUUGGAUGGUCUAUUUAUGACAAUGCCGAGUGGCUGCUGGGUACGGGUGUGCGGUUUGGGUUGCAGUAUGUGAAUUAUACGAGUUUGGAGAGGACGCCCAAGGCGAGUAUGUUUCAGUUUUUGAACUGGUUCAAGGAGCACGAGGCGGAGAGUAGCGGUAAUGCGACGAUGCGGAUGUGA